AUUGUAAACAAAACAAUAGGCAAGAUGACAGUGUGUCGGAUUUGCAGUCUUAGACGAAGAUCCAUGAUAAACAUUUUCGAUGGAACGGCAGAAGUGGGAUUUUGUAUUGUGGAUGUGGUUUCCAACUUAACUGGCUUAGAAAUUAGACGAGGAGAUUCACUUCCUGAAACCAUUUGCUUUAUGUGCCUGGAAAAUGCGCGGAAUUCCUUUGGGAUAAGUCAAGCCUGUGAGGGCAAUGAUCCGCUCCAUAUUGGAAAAGAAGUCUUCGAAAUCACAGAAUUCCACGACGAGGAAAAGCUUCUACCAGAUGAAGUCCAUGAAAUUUCAGACUACCCGGUGAAGAAGGAAGUCCUUGAGGAUGAAUUACUGGAGGAGGAAGUUUGCAAAAUACAAGACUGCGAGAGGGAUGAAUCAAAUGGUGACGAGCAAACCCAUGUCCAAGUGAAAAUAGAAAAUACCAAAUGGGAGGAGUCAAUUAUGGACAGGAUCCAGCCGUAUAAUGUUGAAAUAAAGAACGAGCAAAUCGACGAUGAGUUGAUCAAAGAAUCGUCCCGUAUUAUUGAUCCACCAACCUGCCAAGUGAAAAACGAGCCAAUUGAAGAUGACCUAUUUGAGGAAGAGAUGUGCACGAUGACAGUUGAGCAGCCAAAAGUCCCAGAGUCUUGUUUUUCUCCAUCAGAUUUAAAGAAAAAUAGUCGGGUUUACAAAAAACCCUUCAAAUGCGACCUUUGCGAGAGGGUUUUUGCAACACAAACUGCUCUGGAGUCGCACGGCCGGACUCAUGAGAAGCAACCGCACAGCUGUUGUCAAUGCCCAAAAUAUUUUUCAGAAGAAUCGCUUCUGAAAGAGCACAUCCUGACCCACAGGAGACCGCACAAGUGCUGCCACUGCCCGAAGUCCUUUCUGACGGCCUACGACCUUAAGAGACACACCAGGAUCCACACUGGCGAACGACCGUACAGCUGUGACCAUUGCCCGAAAAGAUUUUCGGACAGGACUUCUUUGACGUCGCAUGUAAGGACUCACAAGGGGGAGCGGCCCUACAAAUGCUCCGAAUGCGCGAUGUCCUUCACGCAGCAGUGCAAUCUUCAAAGACACAUUCGUUGUCACACGGGAGAAAGACCUUUCAAGUGUCCCUACUGCCCCAAGACCUUCACGCAACAGUCCAAUCUGGGCCUGCACAUGCGGGCUCACUCCGGAGAACGAUUCGAUUGCUCCCUGUGCUCCAAGUCUUUUGCCUAUAAGAACGAUUUGAAACGCCACAUACGCACUCACACGGAGGAGAGUUUGAGGUGUUCCCUGUGCCCAAAAUUGUUUGCCACCAAGUGGAGUCUUAAGAAGCACUUUCAUACCCACAAGGAAAAAAUUAUUUCCACAUAGGGACGAUUGCACGUUCAUCAAAUCGAUGAUAUAGCAAAUUAUUAUAUUACAAAUAAAAUUGUAUAGUUUUCCUGGAGAGUUAUAUGUUUUAGCCUGUAAAUAAGAAAUUUUGGUUUAUAUUUUUUUAACGUCUUAAGCCAAGAAUGAUUUAACGUAUUAUUACUAAAAAUAAACUACUA